GGCGGCUCAAGUUUGAAGGAUUCAAAGUGUUUCGCAUCGAAAGACACGACACGUGUUUAUGUGAAUGCAUUCAGAAAUCGACGGAUUGUUUGCCAAAACAGAUCUAUUCCGAGAGGGAGUGUCGAUGUCUUUGUCCAAACGUAUCGCAUGUGAAUGAAUGUCACAAUUUUGACAAUAAGUAUUGGGAUUAUAGCGACUGUGAGUGCAAAUGCAAAUCAAUGCCGUUGUGUUCAACUGGAUUCUCGUUCAAUAACAACACGUGUCGCUGUGAAUCAGAAGAGGAUCCAAUCGGUGAUCAUUCAGACGCCACAAUAGACAUGAAUGAAAGGUAUAACCGGUUAAGUGGACACCAGUCAGUGCCCGACAAAGUGGUCGACACAGAAAUUAACGCUCAAAACAAUAAAGCUUUAAAUAUAUUGAACAAUAAGGGAAUUAAUCCCGAUUUGAACGACGAUUAUCGAGAAAACUCUGGCUCUUAAUAGUAGGAAAUCAUUAGUUUUUAAUAUUUUUUAAUGAAUUAUUGUUUUAAUUGAUAUUUUUGGUCAUUUUAAAAGUUUUUCAAGAAAUGCUUAUAUUUUUAAUAAUUACAAAAUACUUUCUGUACAAAACAAAUGCAC